GGAAAGAAGAAGCAGUAGCAAUAACCCCAACUUUUAAGCAAAGGGCAAACAGCGAGCCACAAAAAAUCUGUCGCAGGGCCAAAAAAAAGUGACGCAUCACAAGCCGAUUACAACAAAUAUAUACGCAAAGUUGAAACAUGAUGGAGCUGGAGCCACGCGUGGCCAUACUGCAGGACUUGCGGCUACAGACAUUCGAUUCGAUACGUUUCGCAUCCUAUCGCACUGCCUCCAAGUUGCGCUACAUACAGAAGUCCACGAAUUUGCAUUUGGUGGACAUUUGGAAUGUGAUUGAAGCAUUUCGCGAGAAUGGCCUGAACACGCUUGAGCCACAGAGCGAGGUGAGCGUCGCGCGGCUGGAGACACUCGUCUCCUCGUUGUAUCACAAUCUGAACAAGCGACUGCCAACGGCACAGCAAGUGCCCGUGGACUCCAAGGCGGGUCUCUUGCUCAACUGGCUGCUGGCCGCAUACACAAGUGACAACUCGGGUAAAAUUCGUGUGUUUUCCAUUAAAGUGGCCCUGGCUACCAUGUGCUCUGGCAAGCUGGUGGAUAAGCUCAGAUAUAUCUUUUCACAGAUUUCCGAUGGCGCUGGCCAAUUGGUGGCCUGGAAGUUGAGCGAGUUUCUGCGCGAAGUGCUAGCAUUGCCCGCUGCUGUUUAUGAAUCACCCACAUUCCAUUACAAGGAGGGACUGGAGGAGGAGAUCUUUCCGGCGGAGAAUAAGGUCACAGUGAACGAUUUCAUGGCAACACUUAUGUCUGAACCGGGACCAUCGUGUCUCGUUUGGCUGCCGUUGCUGCAUCGGUUGGCCACCGUUGAGACUAUUGUGCAUCCGACGAUCUGUUCUGUUUGCCAUAAGGAAAACUUCACUGGAUUUCGUUAUCGUUGUCAGCGGUGUCACGCCUACCAGUUGUGCCAGGAGUGCUUUUGGCAUGGCAAGACAUCGCUGAACCACCAAAACGAUCACGAGGUCAAGGAGUACUCGAGCUACAAGUCGCCCAGCAAACAGAUUGGUCACUCCUUGCGCAAGAGCUUCCGAUGCGUGCCCGAGAAGACGACGCAAGUGUUGCCACGAUUCCCCGACCAGCCCGAAAAGACCCUCAAUCUAUCGCACAUUGUGCCACCAUCGCCAUUGCCAUCGCACAACGGUUUCUCCGAUCCGGCGUUGGGGCAUUUGCAUGGACCCGGCCCGGGACCGGGGCAUGGCGGCAUCUUUGAUCGUUCCAGCACGCUGGAUUCGCGGGCCACUGGACGCAGCCUGGACACAACAAUGUCGCGUGUGGCCGCCGCCUCGGCCAACGAUGAGGAGCAUCGUCUAAUUGCCCGCUAUGCAGCGCGCUUGGCGCAGGAGAAUCGCGCACCCUCCAACAUGCCGAAUGCGGAGAGCAUCACGCCCAUUGGCACAGACAAUUCGCGUGCGCAACGCGAACUCAUCGCCCAGCUGGAGUCAAAGAACAAGGAGAUUAUGCGUGAGAUUGCGCGCCUGCGUCGCCAGCAGGAGACUGAGCAAAUGGCGCCCGAGAAUCCGGCGCUCAUCAACGAGCUGCGCGCGCUCCGCCAGCGCAAGGGCGAACUCGAGGGUCAUCUGGGUGCGCUGCAGGAUUCGCGGCGACAGCUCAUGGAGCAGCUGGAGGGCCUAAUGCGUAUGCUCAAGAAUCAACAGACUGCCUCGCCACGCUCGACGCCCAAUUCCAGUCCUCGCUCAGGCAAAUCGCCACCCAUGCCCGGCGGCGGUGGCUCAGCAGCGGCCAAUGCAGCUGCAGCUGGCGCCGGUGUGUUGGGCACAUCGCCGAUGAGUGCGCUGCAUGCCCAGCAGCUGCAGCAAAUGCAACAGCAUCCGAUGCUGCGCUCGACACAGCAACAACUGCUGCAGGCUCAGCAGUCGCAACAAGCAGCGGCGGGCAUGCCCGGCCAUGCUCCAUUCAGCCAGAGUCAACUGGAGCAGCUCAAUCAGAUUAGCAGCGAUAUGCGCAGCGCCUUUGCCGCCAAUGGCAGUGCAACCCCACCGCCACUUAUGGGCAGUGCUAAUCCAAAUGCCGAUGCGGAGCUGAAUGAAGCAGCCGACAACAUAACAUCGGCGAUAUCGACGAUGGUCAGCGAUUUGAAUGCAGGACAAGGAACAACAAACUCCUUGGCACAGGCGCGUUUCAUACUGCCGUUGGAGUAUCGUCACAUUGAGGGCGGCGAGUCCCCAACAUCGUCUGCUGGCUCUGCCUCUGACUGCAAUUGCCAGGUGUACGAGCAAAGCUUUUGCGCUGGCGAGGAUUACGAGUGCCAGGGCGCCGUUGCUGCUCCUGCUGAUCCCCUUAACGAUGUCGAUGUUUGUAAUGAUGAUGAGCUGUUGUCGCCCGUGCAUUUCGACUACAAUUUUGGCCAGAGCGAUGAGCAGUCUCAGGUGAAUCGUAUACUCGGCUAUCGUCAUCAUCCCGAGCUCUUCAUUGACGACGAUCAGGCCGGAUUUCCGGCACUGCACGAGAUCGAUUUCGACGAAUCUCAAUCAUAUAAUCCCGAAUGGAAUGAAAAGGCAAAUGCGAAUAGCCAGUGGCAGGAGCAGUUUGCACAAUGGAGUCUUAAUUCACAAAAGAACUAAAUCAUCUGGUGUGGACCUACGAUUAUUGGGGUUUAUCGGGCGGGAGCAGCCCGCUUAGCUUUUUAUUAUACUUAAAUCUUAUGUUGAUCUAGAGCAAUUUAUUUAUUGACUACUUUAGUCCUAUAUACACACACACACUAUCUCUUAAACAUUUUAAUUUAUUUCACUUUGCGGUGUAUAUGUUAGCGGGCAUUAUAAACAGAAAAAAAGUUAAUGAAGAUGAAGAAAAGAAACCUACUUAUAAUCAUUAUAUACGUACACUUAAUUAUAUUGUAUGACAGACAAAGGAAAUCUGUACGAUGGAAAGACUUGCAUUUGAAGUCGCAAAUCUCCGAGAAUCUCUCGUAUCCAUUUUUUAAGUUAAGCUCCAUGAAUCGCAAUUUGCUAUUCGAUUUUUAAAACGCGCUUUAUUGCACGAGGAAGUUGUGCAACUAUUUAUUACAUAUUUAACAAAAAAAAAAAAUGAAAAUCAAACACAUAAUACAAAAUACUAUAUAUAGACAACAUUUAUGUACUUAAAACUAGCAACUUGUUGAAAUACCUAAAAAUCAAAUUCUAAAUGCUGAUUCCUGUCAUUUUCCCUCCCAGAACAGCAGCAGAACAAUAAAUAAUAAACAACACUUUGAUAUACGAUAUAAAUCUAGAUUCAACUGAGAAUUACUAAAACAAAAAAAAAAAAACAAAAAAUAAUAAUAAAACAA